AUGGCAUGCACCGAAGAGACGGUCAAACCCAGCGGCCUGAACAUCUGGUCGAGCGAGGCUGCGGAUGGGCCGACGCCCGUAGUCGACAUUAUCGCGGUCCAAGGUCUAGGCGCGCAUCCGUUUUAUACAUGGGUGAAGAAAGUAUCAUCCACAGAUGUCGAUAGACCUGAGAGAUUCCGGGACAAGGCUCAGUUUUGGAAGGGCAAGAAGCCACGAGGCAAAGGCGGGGACGGAGGCUCAACAGAGGUUAUGUGGCCACGGGACCUGCUUGUACCUCUGGGCGAGGAUGCACGGAUCGCUACCUAUAGCUACGAGUCGGACUGGCGACAUCCAAACGUCAAGACUAGCCUGCACGAGUGCGCUAAUCAGUUUUUGAAUAUCGUGUCUCAGUACAGACAGAAGGCAAAUGAGCGCCAGAGACCGAUUAUGCUUAUUGGACAUAGUCUUGGGAGCCUAGUUAUCCAGCAGGCACUUGUGAAUGCUGUCCAUCAGCAACAUUUUACGGACCUACGCCUCUCGGUAGCAGGCAUUAUCUUUCUCGGCACCCCCUUCCAAGGGAGCAAUGUAGCUAUUUUUGGGAAGUGGCUAGCCCGGCUUUCAGGUCUUGAUCCAAUAAUGUUGAAGUUGUUAGAGAAAGGUAAUUCGGAUCUAUAUGCACUAGCGAUAGACUUCUGGGGCAGCUAUGGCGAUUUGGAUAUUGUUUGUUUCUACGAGAUACUGGAGACUGAUUAUGGACCUUUAAAAGCACAAGUCGUGGGCUCGCAGUCGGCCAGUAUGGUUGGAAAGCGGAUGAUGUUCCUUAAUACCGACCAUUCUGGACUGAACAAGUUUAGUGGAGAGGAUGACCCGAACUUUGCGCUAUUGCUCCCUGAAAUUCGACGAAUGGUUGAAGGCGGAGCUUUGGCUGCUGUAGCUGCUCGUUAUCAGGGCAAUGCUUUGAGCUAUGGAAACAUGCACUGGAUAGUGCCUCGUCCGAUUAACAAAUUAUUCACCGGACGUACCGAGCUCCUAUUUCGAAUACAGAAGGCUUUGCGUAAUGACUAUGCUUGUUCCGCCGACAAGCAAAAGAGAUUUAGUACAAUCUGUCUCAAAAUUACUAGUCUGAUGCGGGAAGAGUUCUGGGGGGUCUUCUGGGUCGACAUCAGCAAGCCCUCUACUACUGAAGGCGACUUUAUCGCCAUUGCAAAGCUACUUGGGCGGUCGGUCGAGAGCGUUCCUGAUACUCUUCAAGUUCUCGCAACUACCAAGCAAAGCUGGCUCCUUAUUCUUGAUAACGCCAAUGAUCCGAACUUCGACUAUCAAGCCUACUUUCCAUCCGGAACUCACGGUACGAUUCUUAUGACAUCUCGUAUUUCUGAAUACAAGCGGUAUAGCCCAGACGCGAAUGAAGUACUCGAGGCGGCAGAUAUCCCUAGAGAAUCGUGGCUAUCUUAUAAGAGUCAAGCCAAAGAAUACAAGCCUGACCAGGUUCAAUUAAGGUACUGCGAUAUCUAUACGACCUUCGAAGCAUCUGCAGAGGUAUUAGAGCAGUCUGAAAGCGAAGCUACAAAAGAUGCUUUAUAUUUACUUGCAAUUAUAUCAAUACUGGAUUCCGCUAUUCUUCCCCUUCAAAUCUUUCAAAGCAUAUGGGGUAGUAGCAGAGAAGUCCUCCAUACUAGCGAUCAAGAGAUAAGUGCAAUAGAUUCUAUAUCUCGAAGCCACGUUUCGCGAUUACCUAGCUUUCUAGUAGUAGAAGGUAACAAAUGGGAUCCUUUUCGUCUUAUUAAGGCCAGCUCUAAACUAGUUUCACUCUCCUUGGUUACGCAGUACGAUUUAGACAGUUCAGUAGGAUUAUCGAUAUACCCAUUAGCAUACGCCUGGGCCAAAGACCGUCAAGACCAGAAACAGCAAGGCAUGGCUUGGAUAGCUACUGGCUGUAUUCUUAUACUGUCUCGAUCUAACUCUAUUAGAAGGGUACUCUCAUUUGGAUUAGAAACUCUAGUCAUCCCAAUUCUUUUCAGAUGUGGCUGGACAUUACUACAUAUACGACAGGACUCAAGGCUUUGCUAUCUUCUGGAAGAUAUGUUUACCGAACUUAGAAUGAAGCCCGAUAAAGUAUUAAAAGAGUUUCUACUACUAUAUUUCCUCUAUGCAAGGAGCUUGUUAAAUAUCGGAAACAAUAAGAAGGCUGUUAAGCUACUCGAGCAGAUCGAUCACCCAGAUCGGCUCGAGUCGCAGUAUGCACUUGCUAUAGCCUAUCGGGAGAAUGAGCAGGCAAAGAAAGCUAUUACACUACUCAAGCAUAUUGUCAAGAUCCGAGAGCUGACGCUAGUUAAGGAUCACCCGGAUCGGCUCGGCUUGCAAGAAAUGCUCGCUCUUGCGUAUAGUAAUAAUGGGCAAGUAAGGGAGGCUGUCAAGCUACUCGAGCAUAUAGUCGAAUACAAUCUCGCUCUUGCAUAUCGGACAAACAGGCAUAUUAAGAAGGCGGUCAAGCUGCUCGAGCAUAUUAUCGAGAUCCGAGAGACAGCACUAGCCGAGGAUCACCCAGAUCGGCUCAUCUCGCAGUGCGCUCUCGCUAUAGCGUAUCGGGAGAAUGGGCAGGGUAAGGAGGCCAUCGAGCUACUCGAGCACGUAGUUAAACUCCAAGAGCUAACGCUAACUCCGGAUCACCCCGAUCAGUUAGCAUCAGAGGACGCUCUCGCAGUUGCGUACUACGCGAAUGGGCAGGUAAAGGAGGCCGUCGAGUUACUUAAGCAGGUAGUCGAGAUCUGUAAGAUAACGCUAGCCCCGGAUCACCCUCAAUGGCUCGUCUCGCAGCGCAACCUCGCUAUUAUAAUAUCGGACGAAUAG